AUGCAUGUGAAUGGAAAUGUUCUUCCUGUGAUUUCGACUAUUACCCUACAAAAUGGUUUGUCAAGCCCAGAAAUUUUAGUUGAGGACUCUGCCUCUCUUCAAUUUCCAAUCAGCGCUGCUAGUGCUCCUUCUCCUCAUAUCACUUUUACUGGGUUGUUCUGGAAAUGUGCGAGGAUAGGAGAGCGAUUGAGUCCUUAUAUAAGUGUCUGCUGUGUUGUCAUGGCUGUGAGUUGUACUCUACUUGGCUAG